AUGGCAGGAGUGCCAGCUCUUUUGCAGAAGGCUAAAGGCUAUGUCAAGAGCAAGGAGUUCCGGGAUUACCUGACCAGUACUCACUUCUGGGGUCCAGUAGCCAACUGGGGCUUUCCGAUAUGCGCCUUUAGGGACUUGAAGGAACCGCCGGACAAGAUCAGCGGCCGGAUGACGACAGCGCUCAUCUUCUACUCGCUGGCUUUCAUGCGCUUUGCCUACCGUGUCCAGCCUCGAAACUACCUGUUGUUGGCAUGUCAUGGCACCAACGUGGUGGCCCAGAGCAUGCAGGCGACCCGCUGCCUAUAUUUCCACUAUGGUGGCGACAGCAAGGCCACUGACCCCAAUUUGGGGACCCAGAAAUAA